AUGAGAUAAAAUAAACCAAUCUAUAAAAUUAUUGUCAAUCGCAGCAUUUCUUCUUAAAGAAGCAAUCAAGAUUAAGAAGAAACAGAAUAACUUCCAAUCAUUAACCCUAAAUCUAUUGCAAGAGUAUCGAAAAAGAAUUUUGAGAUUAAAAAGGUCAAAAUUAAAGUAGCCAUUUAAGAAGAAAAAAUAGAAUUAAAUUUAAGAUUAGGCAAAUUAGAUCCUAUUUAAAAAGAAAAAUCUUCACCAUUAAGUGAAAAAAGAUAAUCAAAGACUUAAAUAGAUUAGAAGCUUAAUGAAGUUAAUAAUCGAUCUAUAUCGACUAUUAAAAAAGAAAAAUCUUAUCAUUAGAAAUAUGAGAUAGAUGAAAAUUUAGAAGAUAAUUUAGACAAAUAUAUUAAGAUUUAUUAUUCGCUAAUCAAUUUAAUGGAUGCGAUGAAGAAAGUAAUAUUAUUUUAUUUUUAAUAGUCAAGAAUAUUUGUGAUUUAGUUGAUUAAAUAAAUAGAUUUUAUGAAGUUAUUGAUGGUGUGCAUUUUGAAGCAUUAGAGAAAUUUAUGUCUGAAAAUAGCAAGAAAUUUAGAUAAAUAUUAAUACUAAUAAAAUUGGGAGUAAUAAAACAUAUUAAAAAAAUAGAUAAUUGUUAUAGUAAACAGUUUUUUUGAUUAACAUGUCUAAAUAACAAAUAAUGUAAAUUUUAGAAACCUGUUAAUUUUUAAUUUAUAGAACUAUUUAUUUUUAGGAGAAAUGAUCAUAUAAAAAACAUAAAAUUAAGAAUUGAUGACAAUAAUAAUGCAAAAUAAAAAGUAUUUUGGUAGUAAAAAAAUAGAAUCUAGUACUUAGAUUAGAUAAAAUAUAGAAUUGCUUUAAGGAUUAUAUAAAUAAUUAACUAAGCAAUCAAAAGAUCUUAAUUAGUUUUUAAAUUAAUAAUUUAGAUUAAUUGCAAAUAUAAAGAUAGUAGAGAGUAAUUUAAUGAUAUAAGACUUUACAUCAUUAUAUUUUACAAUUCAAUAAAGUUAUUAUGGAUUAUUGGGUAUUCCAUUAAUAAGUGUAGCACAUAAGCCAUACCUUCCAAAUAAAGCUAGUCAUAAUCUGACACUUAUUUUAGAUAUGGAUGAAACUUUAAUUCAUUUUGUUGAUUAAACAAAGAGUUUUAUAGUAAGGCCAUAUGCAGAAUAGUUUUUAGAAGAAAUGAGUAAAUAUUAUGAAAUUGCAAUAUUUACUGCUGGAUUACCAGAUUAUGCAAAUUGGGUUUUAAAUUAAGUUGUUUUUAAUAAGUACAUAUAAUAUAGAUUGUAUCGAUAACAUGCAAUGCAAUAUCAAAAACAUUUUAUAAAAGAUUUAUCAAGAUUGGGUAGAUGUUUGACUAAAUGUAUAAUUAUAGAUAAUAUUGCGGAGAACUAUUAACAUUAAGAAGAAAAUGGGAUUUAAAUUAAGACUUGGUACAAUGACCCUGAUGAUAAAGAAUUACUUCAUUUAAGUGUAUUAUUAAGAAGGAUAGCUGAAGAAAAUUGUGAAGAUGUUAGAGAUGCUCUAAAAUAAUAUAAAAAUAAUGUUUAAGUAUGUUGA